GCUACCGCGGCACCCCGCCCGACCCCGCCGCUGAGCCCGACUACUUCCGUGUGUGGUUGUGGAACCUGACCAACCUGCCCGACGUGCGCCGGGGAGCCAAGCCGCGCAUGGAGGAGGUGGGCCCGCUCACCUACAUCAAACACAGGGUCAAGGUGGACGUGUGGUGGGACCGCCGCGGCCGCGUGGCAGUCAAGGAGUGGGACUACCACACCUUCCAGCCGCAGCUGUCUGUGCCGCUGGACCCCAACGCCACCAUCACCACCCUCAACCUGCCGCUGUUGGGGGCGCUGGAGCUGCUGCACGCAUACAGCGCCUCCAUGCCCUCCGUGCGGCCGCUGCUGGACGUGUUGGUGGGGGUGCUCAGCGGCUGGCGCGACGCCGACCACGUGGACGGACUGUUCGCGCGCCGCAGCCCGCACGAGCUGCUGUGGGGGUACGAGGACCUGCUGCUGCAGCGGCUGCAGCUGCUGCUGGGCCCGGCCUUCAUCCCCUCCACACGCGUGCAGCUCAUACCCAACGACACCUCGCCCGAGGACGUGCGGGCACACCAGCCCUCCAACCUCCUGGACACCGGCUGGCGGCCGGCGGGCUACGAGCCGGACGCGGCCGGCGGCGACACCAGCGCGGCCGUGGAGCCCGGCGGCUCUCCCGCACUCCCGGCGGCUCGGGACACAGGGCCGGACCCGGCGGGGCGCCGGCGCGGCGCCGGACGCCAGCCGCGCGCGUUUGUGAACGAGCGCAAGAUUUGGAAUAUCGAGAGAGAGGCGGGUUGGGUCAACGUUUCCAGCUGGGGACCCAACUGCACCGAAAAGGUCCGCGGCACGGACGCGUUUCAGUUCCGGCCAGCGCUGCAACGCAAUGAGUCGCUGAGGGUUUGGAUCACGGAGCUGUACAGGUCCGCGGUCCUGUUGUACAAGGGGGAUGUGGAGCUGCAUGGCGUAAAGCUCUACCGCUUCGAGCCAGACCCGCGUGAGGGCGAUCCGGACCCCUGCCGCCACCAGACCAUACGCGGCCUCGCCAACGUGACGGUGCCCACUGCCGUGGGGCCCAACGGCAACGGCAGUGAUGCCAACGCCGCCGCACACGGCGUGCGCCUGCUCAUGAGCCUGCCGCACUUCUGCGCGGUGGACCCGGCUGUGUCUGCCGCGCUGGAGGGCGUGGAGUGCGACCGCAGCCGCCAUGCCACCUUCCUGGAUGUGGAGCCAAACACAGGUGUGACCAUGCGCGCCGCCAAGCGGCUGCAGCUGAGCUCGCAGCUGUCCGACACGGCGCGGGCGGUGCUGGAGCCGGGCAUCGGAGCGCCGCUGCUACUGCCGGUGUUCUGGGCGGAGGAGGCGUCGCAGGUAUCGGAGGCGCAGGCGGCGGCGUUCCGGGGCUCCGUGUACCGGGUGCAGGGCUGGGUGGCGGCGCUGCGAGCGUGGGCGCUGCCGGCGGCGGCGGUGGCGGCGGUGCUGGCAGUGGCGGCCGGCGGCGCCGCCGUGGCGGCAGGGCGGCGCGAGAGGCGGCGGCAGGAGGAGGAGGAGGGGAGACCCGUAGCGGGGCGGGGUGGAGGAGAUGAAGAGCGCGGGGGGGAGGCAAGCGCGGAUGAUGAGGUGUCGGGGGUAACGGCGGCGGCACCGGGCCUUUUGCCGGGCGGCGGCGGUGGCGGUAGCGCAGAUAGCGGCGGCAGAAGCAACGGCGGGGGCGCAGGACUGUCCCAGCCACUGCUUUCAGAAGGGCAGUAGUAGCAUCUAGAUGUUAUGGAGCUUGGCCGAUGGGUGUCAAUGCGCGUGUCGCGCGCAGCUGACGAGGAGGAGCAAAGGUACCCACGUGCGCGCCGUGGUCGUGGCGGGCGAGUGGCGUCUGCUCAUGUGAGCACGAGGCAGCGUCUUGUAGCGUCUCUUGCCCAUGGCAGCUCCUUUGUGCGUGAGCGCGAGGUUGCGCGUGGCGUCGCCGCUCGGUAUAAACAAUGCGGCACAAAUCCACAAGUUCGUAGUCGCAUGCAGGAGAGAUAUUGUUUGGGUGCUUUACGUGGGGUUGCGAGAACUGAAGGGUUGCGCAGGUGGUUGACGCGGGCACGUGGUCGUCGUGGCGGCGGCUGGGGAGGCCUCCCCGCUCGGCGUUGGUGCGCACAGCACACGGCGGUACCCGUGGCGGUGGACGGCCGGGCGUUGGUGGGGCUUGGACCUAGGUGGGCCUGUGCGUCACGCGACGCCACACCGUUUUGAGCCAACUCGCAAUACAACUGUGAGUGUUUCAAUGAGAGCUUUACCAGGAAAGUUGACAGUUUACCAGUCUGGCGUAU